AUGGCAGGUGAUGGAAAGGGCACGCCCAGCGGAGGUGCAGACGGUAGCGACAGCAAGCGCCACAGCGACCGGGCCAAGGGCAAAGAUGGCGACAGCAAGGGCAACGGCGGUGGCAAGGGCAAGCCCAGCCCUCCUGGCGGCGAUGGCAGCCAGCCCAAGAGUGGCAGCGCUGCGGGCAGAAGGAUGGCGGCGACAGCAAGGGCGGCAAGGGCGGCAGUGGUGGAGGCCCUAAGGGUGAGGGGAAGCCUAGCCCUGGCGGAGGUGGCGGCAAUGGCAAGGGCAGCAAUUAAGCAGCCCCCAGGUGGUGGCGGCGGCAAGGGCAAGCAGCCUUCUGGCGGAGGUAAGGCCGAUGGCGGCGGUGGCGGCGACAGCAAGGGCAAAGGUAAGGUAGCUUGCGGGGGCGCUGCCACUGCUGCCUGGGAUGGAUGUGGCAGCAGCGGCGAAUAUCGGCCCGCUGGCCCGGCGCGGGUGCGGCGAGCAGUCGACCGUCUGGCUGAAAACCUGUCAACUGACAACGCUGCCCUGAGAGAGCAGCUGCGCGUGCAAGAGCUGGAGGCGGUGAGGCAGCUGCAGGAGCAACAGGGCUUCUUCGAGAACAAAAUGCUCGAGCAGCACUUUUCUUUUGCCCAAGCGGAGCUACAGCACAAGCUACAGAGCCUUCUGCAGCAGUCGGAGCAGCAGUUGGCUGCUGCGCAGAAGCGUUUGCAGGCGGAGCGUCGCAGGCGCACCACGGAGGUGAACCGCAUGCAGCGGCAUCAUCAGCUUCAAGUUGCCGCUGCACGCCAGGAGUACGAUGAGAAGCUGGCUAAGAUGCAAAAGACGAUGGCAGAGUUGAACGAGCGCAACCUGGAGAAGCACCUGCACAACUGGCGCAUGGCCAUGCAACAGCAGCAAGCCGAGGAGGAGAAACAAAAGGAGCAGGAUGCCAAGGCUAAGAAGGAGGGCAAAAAGCCGCAGCCAAAGCAGAAGUCCGACAAGAAGCGUUCACCGCCCAGCGCCGCAGACCCUGGCUGGACUGUGGUGCAGCCAGCAGCCGUGGAAGGCAAGAAGGAGAAGAAGCUGGCGCUCCUGGUUCGCAGCGGGUCGACGCAGGGCAUCACCUCGGCAGUGGCUUCGGCCUUGGCGGCCCUGCCUGAGGGGAAGGCGAAGCCUGCCACGCCCAAGUUCUUCGAGUUCAACGUCACCGUGGACAUGUCCUUCCACACCCAGCUUGGCCUGGACGUGGACUGGGCCAAUGGCCGCAGCUUGUACGUGCGACACCUGCAGGCCGGCGCGGUGGAGGAGUGGAAUCGCCAGCACCCGGCCCAUUUGUCGGUGAACGCGGGGGACCGCAUCGUGGCGGUGAACGGCUUCUCCGAGGAUGCCCAGGCCAUGGUGCGCCUUUGCCGUGAGCUGGCGCAGGGCCGGCACCAGUUCCAGCUGCGGGUGCGCGGGCCACCGCCCCCGCCGAGCGCGGCAAAGGAGGGCGAGGAGAAGAAAGACAAAGGCCAGGAGAAGAAGAAGAAGGAGAAGUCCAAGAAGGACUUAGAAGAGAAGGACAAGAAGGAGAAAGAGAAGGAGAAAGAGAAGGAGAAAGAGAAGGAGAAAGAGAAGGAUAAAGAAAAGAAAGACAAGCGGGAGAAGGAGAAGGCAAAAGGCCGCAAAAGAGCUAGGUCAUCAUCUAGCUGA